UAUAUAAUUAUAUAUAAAAAUUAUAGUACAAUAAAAAGGGGACCUAAACCGUUAAUGAGGGCAUAAAUACAAGAAUAUAUGAUAAUAAAAAAAUAAAAUCUCCAACGGCCAUCAUGAUUAGUAACGAGAAUCACCGCUGGCAGUGGGCGCGUGACCGUAAAAAUAGGAGGAUCCCCACUGUCAUUACCAUCGGCACCGGCCUCCACUACAGCAGAAUCCGAUGGGUCAACGGGUCAACGGGUCAACGAACGUCUUUGACUGAAAAUAUUCGUUAAUUUUGCCACGUGGAAAUAACAUGACCGGCGGAAAACCAAACGGCUAAAAAGUGACCGGCAGAAAAUCACGAGCGAAACAAGGUGACCGGCAAAUUAUCACGAGCGAAACAAGGUGACCGGCGGGCAAUUGGACUGCUAUAAAACAGGACGGCAAUGAGGCUGUGAAACCGUAAAACCAUUUGUUGAAUUCUGUCGGACUCUGAACUUGACCUAACUCUCUCUCUGCUUCUGGUUCUCUGAAAUUGGAGAAGAAUGGGGAGAGGAACACUGAGCCUUAAACUGAUUUCCAAUCCUAAAAGUCGAAGAACAACGUUUCAGAAGAGGAAGAAAAGUCUGAUGAAGAAAGCUUAUGAGCUUUCCACUCUUUGCGAUGUUCAAACCUGCGUUGUAAUCGCUUCUGACGAAUUCCAAACCUGGCCUUCCGAUCGUAACCAAGUCGAGGCUAUGAUCCGUUCUUAUAAAUCCCAAUCUUUCUGUAAACACUCCGCUAAGUCUUCUUAUGAUUUGAACCAAUUCUUCUCUGAUCGCAAGAACAAAAUCGUAACGGAAACGUCCAAAUUAAGAGACAAAGUUCAGAAAAGUAAGGACACCAACAGUGAUCACUGCCUUGAUUCACUGUCGGAACAUCAAUUGAAGGUGUUAUUGGCCACUUUAGAUUCCAAAAUUGGAGUCGCUGACAGUAUGAUUGAGUUCAUGGAGGCUGAUUAUGAUUACUUAAUCGAGGGAGCCGUUGAAAUUUCAAGCAUUGAUAAACAAACAUUAAGUCCUUUGGAAACAGAGGCAUCCCCUAAAUUAAACAUCUCAGAGUUAGACAUGGAAGCUAACUACGAUCACUUGAUCGGGGGAGACACUGAAAUUUUAAGCGUUGAUACACAAACAUUUAGUCCUUUCGAAACAGAAUUAUCCACUGAAUUCGAUGUCUCAGAGAUGUUCAUGGAAUCUAAUUACGAUCCCUUGAUCGAGGGAGACGCUGAAAUUGUAAGCAUUGAUACACAAACAUUCAGUCCUUUCGAAACAGAGUUAUCCACUGAAUUCGAUGUCUCAGAGAUGUUCAUGGAAUCUAAUUACGAUAACUUGAUCGAAGGAGCCGCUGAAAUUGUAAGCAAUGAUACACAAACAUUCAGUCCUUUCGAAACAGAGGCAUCCCCUGAAUUCGAUGUAUCAGAGAUGUUAAUGGAGGCUAAUUACGAUCCCUUGAUCGAGGGAGCCGCUGAAAUUGUAAGCAUUGAUACACAAACAUCCAGUCCUUUGGAAACAGAGUCAUCUCCUGAAUUAAACCUUUCAGAGAUUUUCAUGGAGGCUAUUCACGAUGACUUGAUCGAGGAACCCACUGAAAUUCCAACAUUAAAUUCUUUGGAAACAGAGGUAUUCUCUGAAUUAGACAUCUCGGAAUUAUUGGCCGGGUCAGGCGAGUUUGAAUUCAAUGUCGAGGGUUUUCAAUCACUAUUGGAGGACGAAGAUCACCAAACCCUAGCUGAGAAUCAUUCCUUUAUCUUCCAAUCCUAAACCCACACGUGGGUCUUCAUUUUGAUUCUGAUUCAAACAUAUUUUUUGGAUUAGCAGAUAGAGAUUCUCUCUUUCCCUAUCUGCUUUCUGGAAAUCAAAUUUCAGUUUCCGAACUUUCCAUUCUCUUAUCAAUUCAACUGUUCUAACGAUACCAAAUGAAAAUUGAACUAAAUUCAUCAAUAACGCAAUCUAACUCGAACAGAUUCUGAUGUUCAUCAAUGAAGAUACCUUAACAGACCAU